AUGGAUCUCCCACGAAGAGCGAUCCCCAGCGCCGACAGACUUCGAGUUAUCCUGAUGCUUUUCUAUACAGUGGCUCACAUCACGGCAGAACAGGAAGUGGAAAAUCUCUCAGGCCUUUCCACUAACCCUGAAAAAGAUAUAUUUGUGGUGCGGGAAAACGGGACGACGUGUCUCAUGGCAGAGUUUGAAGCCAGAUUUAUUGUGCCUUACGAUGUGUGGGACAGCAAUUACGUCGAUCUGAUCACAGAACAGGCCGAUAUCGCGUUGACCCGGGGAGCUGAGGUGAAUGGCCGCUGUGGCCACAACGAGUCGGAGCUGCAGGUGUUCUGGGUGGAUCGCGCGUACGCGCUCAAAAUGCUCUUUGUAAAGGAAAGCCACAACACGUCCAAAGGACCCGAGGCGACGUGGAGGCUGAGCAAGGUGCAGUUUGUCUAUGACUCCUCGGAGAAGACCCACUUUAAAGAUUCAGUCAGUGCUGGGAAGCACACGGUCAACUCGCAUCACCUCUCUGCCUUGGUUACCCCAGCUGGGAAGUCCUACAAGUGUCAAGCUCAGCAGUUCAUUUCACUGGCCUCCAGCGAUCCGCAGAAGACAGUCACAAUGAUCUUGUCAGAAGUCCACAUCCAGCCCUUUGACAUCAUCUCAGAUUUCAUCUUCAGUGAAGAUCAUAAAUGCCCAGUGGAUGAGCAGGAACAAUUGGAAGAAAACUUGCCCCUAAUUUUGGGGCUCAUCUUGGGCCUCGUCAUUGUGAUAUUGCUUGCGAUUUACCAUGUCCACCACAAAAUGACUGCCAACCAGGUGCAGAUCCCUAAGGACCGAUCUGAGUAUAAGCACAUGGGCUAG